AUGUUAUUUCAAUGUUGGAUAUCAAUUCAUCUAUUAAAGGACUCCGUUGGAAAGUUGUUUAUCCUUCUUAAGAUUGAAAAGGCAAAAGAACCAACAAAAACAAAGUUCACACCACUUGCUGACUCUAUGCUACCAUCUUCAGAGUACACGUUUCAUCUGUACAAUCGAGACGAUUCUGAUAAAAUUAUCGCAAAUGAAGUCGAUUUUGUCAGAGGCACUCAAUGUGAGAAGGAAGAAAUUGAUGGUAAUUUUGGCGAGACACAUAAAUGUGUUCAAGGCAACAUGAAGAAAAAAGCUAGAUGUCUACCAGGAAGUCCAGUGUUUGGAUCCAAGAAAAAACAAAUAAUUCUGCAAGGACUUGCAGUCACAUCAUCUGAUCCUUGCUCAUCACAGCUUCAAUCUAUUGCAGUCAUAAAACCGCAAGUUAACUGGAUCAACUCGGUCAUUAUUGAUUGCGGUCCAAUUAAAACUUUUCGGAAUGGCAAGGUGAAGCUGAACAAAAAAUCUUCGACAAAAAUAGGAUCCACAGCGACUAUUAGAUGUGAUUCUGGGUAUGAGGCAUCUCAAAAGAAAAUCGUUUGCCUAGAAAACGGGAAAUGGGAAAAGCCAAAGUGCGAAUUAAAAGAUUGUGGAGCCGUUGAAAAUAUCCAAAAUGGGAAAAUAAACCUAGACGAUGCAUCAACAUCGACAAUGGGGGCAACAGCGACAGUUGAAUGUGAUCCGGGCUAUAAGGCAAGCCGGGGGAAAAUAAAGUGCCUAAAAACUGGAAACUGGGGAAAAUCAAGUUGCAAAAUAAAAGAUUGUGGAGCCGUUGAAAAUAUCCAAAAUGGGAAGAUUACCUUAGACGAUGCAGCAUCAUCGACUAUGGGGGCAACAGCGACAGUUCAAUGUGAUCCUGGCUAUAAGGCAAGCCGGGGAAAAAUAAAGUGCCUAAAAACUGGAAACUGGGGAAAAUCAAGUUGCAAAAUAAAAGAUUGUGGGCCUGUUGAGAACGUUCGUAAAGGAAAAGUAAUUCUUGACAAUAAUUCGACAUCGACGGUUGGGGCAACAGCAACUUUGAACUGUUUUCCAGGGUAUAAACCAAAUCAAGCGAAAAUAGUUUGCUUGAACACAGGGAAAUGGGAAGAAUCAAGGUGCAAAAUCAAAGACUGUGGGUCUCCAUUAAUUGUGACCAAUGGUAAUUUGCACUAUAACACAACAACGUUCGGAUCAAUCGCUUCUCUGGUCUGUGAUAGAGGAUAUGAUGGAAACGGAGCGAUAAGGUGCCUUGACACUGGCAGUUGGGAAACACCACCAAGAUGUUCAAUUAAAGACUGUGGGUCUCCAUUAAAUGUGACGAAUGGUAAGUUGCACUUUAACGCAACAACGUUUGGAUCAACCGCUUCCCUUGUUUGUGAUAGUGGAUAUGAUGGAAACGGGACAAUAAGCUGCCUUGACACUGGCAGUUGGGAAACACCACCGAUAUGUUCUAUUAAAGACUGUGGGUCUCCAUUAAAUGUGACCAAUGGUAAGUUGCACUUCAACGCAACAACGUUUGGAUCAAUCGCUUCUCUGGUCUGUGGUAGAGGAUAUGAUGGAAACGGAGCAAUAAGCUGCCUUGACACUGGGAGUUGGGAAACACCACCAAAAUGUUCAAUUAAAGACUGUGGGUCUCCAUUUAAUGUGACGAAUGGUAAGUUACACUUUAACGCAACAACGUUUGGAUCAACCGCUUCCCUUGUUUGUGAUAGUGGAUAUGAUGGUAACGGGACAAUAAGCUGCCUUGACACUGGCAGUUGGGAAACACCACCAAGAUGUUCUAUUAAAGACUGUGGGUCUCCAUUAAAAGUGACAAAUGGUAUGUUGCACUUUAACGCAACAAAGUUUGGAUCAACCGCUUCCCUUGUCUGUGAUAGUGGAUAUGAUGGAAACGGGACGAUAAGCUGUCUUGACACUGGCAGUUGGGAAACACUACCAAUAUGUUCUAUUAAAGACUGUGGGUCUCCAUUAAAUGUGACGAAUGGUAAGUUGCACUUUAACGCAACAAAGUUUGGAUCAACCGCUUCCCUUGUCUGUGAAAGUGGAUAUGAUGGAAACGGGACAAUAAGCUGUCUUGACACUGGCAGUUGGGAAACACCACCAACAUGUUCUAUUAAAGUUCCUGAGUGUCCUGGAGGAUGGACCAAAUUCGAAAAUAGUUGUUAUCUGCUUGUAGAAAGUUUGGUGACAUGGGAAACUGCCAAAACUGAUUGCGAAUCAAAAAAAGGACACCUUGUUGAAAUCACCUCUACCUCUGAAAGCGAUUUUGUUAAAGGGUUGAUCGAUUUAAGAAGUGUUUGGCUAGGAGUAAACGAUAUCAAAUCAGAAGGUACAUUUUUGUGGGAAUAUUCAGGAGCACCAUUUGACACAUCCAUAUUAGGGAAAAACAUUAGGUUUAAUGGUCCUGAAUACGAUUGUGUCUACCUUUAUUACGAUCCACCUUGGACUGCAGAAGAUUGUGUAUUUAAAAUGUAUUAUUUGUGCGAAAUGUCACCCUAAAUACGAAAGAACUUACCAGGAAAAGGAAUUUAAAAAGAUGUACUUUCUACAAUAGUUUGUUUAGUUGUUGUUUUAUUCUUUUCAAAAUUGAAAUGAUUCAAACCAAGCAAAUUCAGCAAAUAUUAAAAGAAUAUCAAUAAUAAAGU